AUGCUGUUUGUACUUUUGUUCCUUGUAGAUGGAAUUUCAUCAGCUUUCGCUUCGUCAUCAUCCUCAUCUGUUUUAUCAUUGUCAUCGUUUAGAUCUGUAUUAUCAAAUAAUAAUAAUUUAAUAUUAGCUACUGGAUCAGCAUGUCCAUCAAAUCCUGGAAUUGUAUGUAGUCAUGAUUAUUUAUUAGUGGAUGAUCGUAUAUCUAAUGUUUAUGACGGUACAAUUAACAAUAUACCAAUAAUUCGUUUUUGUUUAAUCAAUAAUUCCACAUUGAAAACAAUCGGCACAAAGACAAAAACAAAAUUACCAGAAGUAGAAAUUGUUAUGACCUUGGCAUUGAACUGUUCAGUAUUUUACUCUGAUGAACCAUUGAAAGAAUUUCAGACUUGA